GCGGAGCGCGAGGAGGACUCGGAGCGGGGAAACGCGGCCAGCGGGAAGAGCGGGGAAAGCAUGAACAUUGCAACAAGAAGAGAAGCAACCAGGCUACAGCUCUCUCACAGCGUCGCGAUUCCGUAGGAGUCACACCUGAUUGCCAAAACAGAACUGGACCUGGCAUUGCACAGAGUAUACAGCCUUUCUUGUUAAAAGGCCAGUGAAUAAGGGUAAGCAUGUGCAGCUCUCUGAGUCCUAAACAGCACCCUUUUGGUCCAGGCCUAACUGACCUGCAACAGUACAGUCUGUGGCUGGCCAGCAGACAUGAAGCCAGUUUGCUGCCUAUGAAGGAAGACCUGGCUCUCUGGCUCACCAGCAUGCUGGGUGUUGAAAUCACAGCAGAGAGUUUCAUGGACAGGUUAGAUAAUGGCUUCCUGUUGUGUCAGCUGGCUGAGACGCUGCAGGAGAAAUUUAGGCAGAACAGUGGAGAACUGUCACCACCUGGCAAGCCAAUCCCUAAUCGGAGGAUUCCCUGUAGAGCGAGUGCGCCGUCUGGAUCUUUUUUUGCUCGAGACAAUACAGCCAAUUUCCUAUCAUGGUGUCGAGAGGUGGGCGUUGGGGAAACCUGCCUGUUUGAGUCUGAGGGACUGGUCUUGCACAAACAGCCACGUGAGGUCUGCCUGUGUCUGCUGGAACUGGGGAGGAUAGCGGCUAGGUAUAAGGUCGAACCACCUGGAUUAAUUAAGCUGGAGAACGAGAUCGAGCAGGAAGAGAAAGCUCCUGAGCCGCCUUCUUCCCCUGUCUCUCCUGCGCAGGGUUCUUCCUUUAACAAAAGCUCCUCUUGCAGGAAAAGCACUGGCAAGCUCCUGGACGACGCUGUAAGGCACAUUUCUGAGGAGCCUCCCUGUAAGUGCCCUAAUAAGUUCUGUGUCGAGCGUCAGUCACAAGGCCGCUAUCGUGUUGGAGAGAAGAUACUCUUCAUUCGGAUGCUGCACAAUAAACAUGUGAUGGUGCGAGUAGGUGGUGGCUGGGAGACUUUUGAGAGUUAUCUGUUGAAGCAUGACCCAUGCCGGAUGCUGCAGAUUUCCAGAGUGGAAGGCAAAGUGUCACCCAUCUCCAUCAAGUCCCCUAGCAUCAAGGACCUAACCCCUGACAGCUACCUGGUGGUGGCAGCCCACUACAGAAGUAAGAAGUAAUAAAGACCAGUGACAGAUAAGGAAUAUGAAAAAAAAAAAUGCUUUUGGAUGAAGCUUAUUUCAUUUAUGUAUGGCACUAAAGUGUUAAGUGGAGCUGUUAGCUGGCAGUAAGUCUCCCUGUCAUCCAUUAUAUGUGGCUUAAACCAUUGAAAGGCAAAAAAUAGAGGGGAAAUAUAUUCUGGACUAAGCAAUGUCAGUCUCAAAUGUUAAUCCUGAGCUUGAUUUUUCUUGCAAAUUAUUGUCAGGACAUUGAGUGCUUGUAUUAAUAUGGCUCAUGUAGCUAAUUUGGCACACUGUGUCUAAACAGUACAGCAGGACUGAAACACUGUUAGUUUUAAAGGAGGGGGGACUGGAAAAAAUACACACAAUUUUUAUUUUCAUAUUAUUUCUAUAAUUUCAGAAUGUAAUCUAAUGAGUCAAAGAUGAUCACUUAUAGCCUUGGAUUGCAGUUGAUAUACAGUUAUGUAGAGUAGUUUGUGGUGAUUUUUGUUUGUUUUACGGCUUUUACUUUUAUUAGUUAAGAUUUCUGCCUGACUGUUGCUUGAAAUUAAAUAAUGUAUAUUCAUUUAACUUUCUUUGUUUUUUUUUAAUAGCAGAAUUUGUCAUAACCUCUUACUGUAUACAUUUUCGGCCUUGUAUCAUAUCUCAACAUUAAGCAAUGUUUUCUUUAGAGUUUGUCCACUUUAUAUAGAAAAAAAAAGAUUUUUUAGACUUUUAGAUGAAGACUUUUCUUAUUAAAGAGCAGGCAUAAUGUCAAUUCAAUCACCUUUCCUCUAUGCAAGACCAAUCUAAAGUUAGAGUUGUUAAUAGAAUUUGAUUUGUCUGGAGUAAAAUUAAUCAACAAGCAUUUCUGUGUUUUCAUCCAUUGAAUUAAAGUCGUUAAUGUUUUUAGUA